AUGGCAGAAGUGACUGGCGCGGAUAUCAUCAGGCUAAGUGAUACAACAGAACAAGAAGGUGAACCAAUUGAUUUCAACUUCAGCCCACGUGGCAAGUGCCAUGUUUGUGGUGGAUAUGAGAAUGGUCGUUUCAAAAUACCGAAGUGUAAAAGUACUAGGAGAGCAAUGAUUGUUCAAUUGAAACUGCCGAAGCAAUUUGAAGAAGCCCUCAUCAGUAGAAAUAACGUGCAACUAUGCAGUCUACAUUUUCCUAAAUCAGCUUUUAUGGUUGUUAAAGGCAAGAAGAUACUUUAUGAUAGAAGAAAAGUUUUACCUUAUAAAAUGCCUAAAUGGUCCGAAAUGAGAGGGCCGUCUGAAGAUGUACUGUCUAAGCCUGGCGAGGUUCCUGAUGGCGAAGUUGAUCAGGAUAUGUUCUCUUUCGCAACAAAUUAUUUAUGUGUGAUAUGUGACAAGAGACGGACCAUCAAUGAAUUGAAGGUCUUACCAAUAAAAGCUAAACCAAGACUGGACAGUUUGGUGCAAUUAGGUAUGCCUGACUAUUAUUUCUGGGAAAUCAUGAUUGCUCCCAAUCCUCUAAUAUGUUACUCACACAUUCCGAAAGAAGCUCUUCCUCAAGAGAAUGAUGUAUCAUAG